GGAGAAUUAAAAUGGGCGGCGACGGUGGCGCCCUUGUUAGGCUGUUAGGGCAACACAAGCCCCUGUGGAGCAAACUUGGUAAAACCUUGCAGGGGUGGAAUGCGGCAUGGAGACGGUUACAAUGGAGAUCCCUGGUUACUUGCACGCUGAAGGCUGGUGGUGUGUUUGGUGAAUCGUCGUGGAACAGGACUUACACGAAAUGCACUGCUACCGACAACGGGCAACAGCCUGCUAACCACAGCAAUGAGAUGCUAGAACUUGCAGAAUCUGAUGGAUUAGUACUUGCAUCGCGAUCAAUGUGUUCUGGUGAGGUAUACGCCCCAAGGCAGAAGCAUGUAAGCGAUCCAUCCAUUCCUCAGGCCGCACCUCUCCAAGCCUCGGGUGAGGUUAAAAAUGCUGUGAAGAAAAAUGCACGGGACAAAAAAUUGCACGAAACAAACGCAACUUCUUCUACUGCCUCAAUUACAUCACUUUGA